AAAAAAGCACAUUUACGUCAUCACGUUAUGUGACUUCCGGUGCACGCACGGUCCGUUCCGUAAAGCGUCCGCUGUUCUGGUUCAGAAGGCCAAAUAGCGACAUUUCGUUUCAAUCACGUGAUGGCCGCAACGUUCCGUUUACUGUACUCUGUGUCGAGGCCAGGCACUUUUGUGGCCAGACAGAAUAUAGUGAGGUCCAUCAGCGUCUCUGCACAAAGGGAGGGAUUCAAGUAUGUGAACGCCCAGGAGCUCCCGACAGACAUGAAGUCCAUCACAGAUCGAGCUGCACAGACGUUGCUCUGGACAGAACUCUUCAGAGGUCUGGGCAUGACGAUGAGCUACCUGUUCAGAGAGCCGGCCACCAUCAACUAUCCGUUUGAGAAGGGACCUCUGUCUCCUCGUUUCAGAGGAGAACACGCCCUGCGCAGGUAUCCCUCAGGGGAGGAGCGCUGUAUCGCCUGCAAGUUGUGUGAAGCAAUUUGCCCUGCCCAGGCUAUCACCAUUGAAGCGGAGACUCGCUCUGACGGCAGCAGGAGAACAACUCGCUACGACAUCGACAUGACCAAGUGCAUCUACUGUGGCUUCUGUCAGGAGGCUUGUCCAGUAGAUGCUAUUGUAGAGGGUCCCAACUUUGAGUUUUCCACUGAAACCCACGAAGAGCUGCUCUACAACAAGGAGAAGCUGCUCAACAAUGGAGACAAGUGGGAGGCAGAGAUCGCUGCCAACAUACAGGCUGAUUACCUUUAUCGAUAGACAGAUUCAUACAUCUGUACAUUCUGUAAAGAGACGGACUCAGAUAUAAUGGAUGUAUGUCACCAUAUUUCCUCAGAUGUCACCCCCUCUGAUAUAAAUAUAUUCAGUUGAUAUGUUUCUGAUAUUCACAUUUGUCCAGAAAACAUAUUUAUUACAGAGCCUGUUGAGGUAACUGGACCAGUGGUGUGUGAUCAUGUGCAGACUGAGUCAUGCUGUGACCAGUAACAGACUUGGUUUUCUUCUGACACCCCACAACAGUGGACAUGACCUAUUGUUAUCCUCUUGGUUUCUCCUGGCUUACAAUAAAACCUUGUCAGCUGCA